UUGAAUCGAGUAUUUCAGAAGCAACAGCUGCUAUAGAAUAUUCUUGUCCAAGUAUUUUCAACUUGUUGGAAGAUGCAUUCUCUGUACUUUUUGCUCAUUGUUUUAAUUUCACUCUGCUAUACAUAUGGAGAAAACAGUUUUUCAGGCCAUGUAUGUUCAAGAAAGAUUGUAAAAUACAGAACAAGCUAUUACUGCAGCUGUAAAAGACUAUGGUGGUGUUGUGGGCGAAGUGCAAGAAAUACUCCAUACUACGCUUCAGAAAUGGUAUGCUGUCCUGGAUGGAUGCAUACUGGUGAUAAAAACUGUUCGACGGCUAUUGUUGUGAAAAGUCAACAAAACACAACAGAAGCUUUAUCCCAAGACAAUACUACUACCGAAGCCGGAAUUAAUGCUCCAACGUCUACACAACUGUUGACUAGCGAGGAAGUAACAACUAUACUCCCGGCGACAACGAUGGAAUUCAAAACAAAUGAUGAUAUGUCCACCACAUCUUCAAUGACUACACCAAUGAAUAACAAACAGACGACAAUACUUGAAGAAUCAAUGACUACACCAAUGAAUAACAAACAGACGACACCACUUGAAGAAUCAAUGACUACACAAAUGCAAAACAAACAGACGACACUUGAAGAAAACGAUGAAGUUUUAUUCCAAGAUACAACAUCUACCGAAGUCCGACGUACUACUCCCACUUCUACGGAGACUAUGACUAGUGAGGAAUCAUCAACUAUGCUCACUGCGACAACAGAGGAUUUCAAGACAAAUGAGGAAACAACAACUAUGCUCACUGCGACAACAGAGGAUUUCAAGACAAAUGAGGAAACAACAACUAUGCUCACUGCGACAACAGAGGAUUUCAAGACAAAUGAUGAUAUGACAUCGACAUCUCCGAUAACUACUACAAGGAAUAAUAAACAGACGAAACAACCCCAAGUUGAAGCAAACGGAAGUACUGAGUUUGUUUGCCCAGAGACGUUUGGAUAUUUUGCUGAUAGUACUGAUUGUACCAAGUUCUACUUAUGCAGCUGGAACGAUGAAUAUUCAUUUGACUGCCCACCAGGGACCCACUGGAAUCAGACCAUUACAACUUGUGACUUCGGAGAUGACUGUUAACAAUGAAACUUAUACAGUU